UAUGUCAAAGUCAAAAUCAGCUGAUUCUGGUUAGUAUCAAAACAAUUUCCAAAUAUUAAAUUUAUUUAUUAAUGAAAUGGAUAAACUAACAUUAAUAUCUGGAACGUUAUUUAUGACGGCUGAUAUAUUUGCAAUAGUAAGUUUAGCCAGACCAGAUUGGAUUGUUACAGAUGUCGGUGGAGACACUAGGCUAGGUUUAAUGUGGACCUGUAUGACUCUCUACAAUCGACCACAAGUUUGUUUUACCCCCGAUCUACAACCCGAAUGGCUAUUAGCAUUAGUUUGUAUUUUUGUUGGCUGUAUAUGUAUUACGACUACCAUUAUACUACUUGCUUCGUCACAUUGGGAUAGAAAUGUUGUCCCAUAUGCAAGAUGGGUAGGGUUUACAGCUAUGGUUUUAUUUUGCUUGGCCGCUGUAAUAUUUCCAAUGGGAUUUCACGUAGAUGAAAUCGGUGGACAACCAUAUCAACUUCCAAACAGUCAUCAAGUAGGAAUCUCGUACAUUUUAUUUGUUGGAGCUUUGUGGAUUACUGUAAUAUCAGAACUUUUCGCCGGAAAAGUUUGUCUCCCACAUUUUUAACUGUGUUUCUUUUUAAACAUUGAUCAGUAUUGAAAUUUUAUUUACAGAUUCGAAUAUUUUAUAUAGUGCUCAAAAUUAUUUUAGUAUAAACAUAUUUUUUAUGUUAAGUUUAAAGGUGUUUUAAAAAAAUACAGAAUAUAAGUAGGUAA